AUGUUCACACCUUACGUCUUCCAGGACGAAUCCCUUGGCCAAGAUAGUGAUGCGAAGAACGAGCACAUUGAUUACUGGAGGGACAGUCUCUCCUCGAAACAGCGUCUUCGCUUCGCUUUGAAAAAGAUAUUGGAGUCUAAAGUCAACCAUGCGUUGGCCAUCACUGCUGAGCACAAGACCAUUCUCCGCCCUCUCCUGCUAAAGCCCUACUGGGUCAAAGACCAGCUGGUCCCCUCCAUCCUCAAGUGGGAGCGUCAUGAGCAUUACACCGGCGUUGCUCGCUACCUCUUUACACCGAAAGAUAAUGAGGAAGCUUGCACCAAGUGUGCGACCACGGACAAUUAUGGCCCGUUUGCAGAGUGUGUCGCUGGGGGUCGUGGCGUGCACAUGGGUGCGUGCUUCAACUGCUACUACAAGAGCGAAGGGAAGUGCUGCUCGCUCCGCAUCGGUAUGUUGUUGUCUUUUCUUCCGUCUUCGUUCUUUAUCGUCAUCCUCGCCUUGGUCACUACCUUGUUUCGCUUGGGACUUUUACUGUACUGGUACUUCUCCUUGUCGAGUCGUUGA